GAUUGUCUUCCGUAAAUAGACAUAUGAACCAUAUGAACAUCGCCAUUGUUAUGAUGAUGUGUGUUUAAUUAAUUUCAUGUUUUUUUUUUCUUAAUCGGCGUUCUUUUGAAAGACGCUUUAUUUGUAAUUAUGGCAGACCGCUGUCGUGCAUGUUCACAACAAAGCGUAUUAGGGGAACAUUAUGGAUUAGAUUGUGAAAUUAAGGAAGGUAUUACCUAUGCUGACUUCAUUUAUCAAAUGUCGAAUAUAAAAAUCGCAAAAAAUGAUGGCUUACCACAAUGGAUAUGUUUCGAAUGUGUUAAAGAGGUUAUGGUGGCUUUUAAAUUCGCUUUAAAAGUCAAAACAAGUGAUGAAGUGCUACGAAAUGAAUGGCAACAUUGGAAAAAUUUCUUUGAAGAAAAUCAAACUGAAAAUAUUCAGGAGCCUAACCAGGAGACUACUUCAGCACUUGUUGUUAAUGAUUUAACGGAGGAGUAUGUAAUGGAAGAGAUUUUGGAAAACGUUGAAGACUCGCAAAACGAAGAUGAUGAGUUAUCAAUGGUGGAAGAAAUCCUUGAGGAGACUGAAACUACCACUUGUCUGCAUACGGAAGAGGUAAUCCUGCCAACCGAUCAUCUUUUAGAAGAGACCACUGUUAAUGAUGAAAUGGAGAACUUCUAUAGUGAUAGCGAAACGAAUGACGACGAAUACCUAAUAGAGUAUAAUGCUUUAGUUGAAACUCAGUCGGAAAAACAUUCUCCUAAAUGGAAAUGCGCGGUAUGUGAUAAAGUGUUGCGCGGCGAUGUUUCCUAUGAGGGUCACAUGAAUUUGCAUAAACAACUAAGACCUUACAAAUGCCCUCACUGUCGUUGUAAAUUUCGAUGUCGCGAAGCUUUAAAAAAACACAAAUCUAUACGUCAUGUGGACACAUAUAAUUGUGAGGUUUGCGAUAAAACCUUUGAAUCUAAAGACUUGCUUGAUAAACAUAUGGAGAGAGAACACAAAAUUUGUCUUAACUGCGGUUUGGAGUUUGAUCACGGAAGUACUGUUCAAUUGCAUAAAAUUAUGAAUCAUAAUAUUAAGGCUACAAGUUGUCCACUAUGUCCGCAUUUAAAUGUUAGCGAAGUUCAAAAACAUAUUCUUACCGUGCAUUCACUUGAGUUGGAUUAUGAGAAUGUAAAUAUUGCGGUAGAGGCUAAGCAAUCUAAUGACUUGAUGGAGGAAAAUUUGGAAGGCGAUGUGUCUUUGCACAGUUCUCAUUCUGGAAUCUCUUCAUCCGAUAAUCGAGAAAUCUAUCAGGAAAAAGAUAAACAACUACCUCUGGAAUUGGUGAACAACAAUAAGUUGGAUAAAAGGGAAUCUUUUGUGCAAUGUAAAUUUUGUAAAAAGAAAUUAAUGUCUAAGAACCUAGAGAAACAUUUGGCGUUGCAUGAAAAAAAGGCACGUGAAGCUCAGCUGACUAAAACUCAAUACCUUUGCGCUUAUUGUCCAAGCGGCUUUAAAAACCAAAGAAAUCUACACCAACAUGAGAAAAUACAUCAGGAGACGUCACCUAAUGUGGUAUAUGUGUGUAACGAUUGUAGUCGCCAGUAUAGUACACAGCAAUUACUUGAAACUCAUCGUAAACAAGCUCACAAAGAACGAGAUAAUAUCUGCUCGCUAUGCGGUAAUGCGUUCAAAUUGAAAAAUCAAUUAAUGAAUCAUAUGAAAUUGCAUUUGGAAAAGAAUAUACCCUGUCCGCAUUGUGAUAAGAAGUAUGCGCGGCAAUUUGAUUUGAACGUGCAUUUGCGAACGCAUACAGGGGAAUUACCUUAUUCCUGUCAUUUGUGUGAGAAACGAUUUGCCAUCAAAGUGCGUCUAACCUAUCAUCUGCAAAAGCAUUAUGGUGUUAAGCAUCGUUGUAAGGAAUGUCAGGCCGAAUUCAAUUCAAGGCAGAAAUUAAAGGCUCACUCUUUUAAACAUACCGGUAUGCCGUAUCGCUGUCAGUUGUGUGAUGGCCAUGGUUUUCCAACCAGGAAUGUAUUCAAACGUCAUUUGGCAAGAGUUCAUCAUGCUAUGAUGAGCGAUGAAGCUUUAGCGGAAAUGUUUCAACAUUAUACGGGAAAGGCUACGAUAAUAAAACAAAUCAAUGACUUUGAGGUGAUUCCAAGAAACGAAGAUGACCAAGACCAGAACAUACUUGAAGAGAAUCCGGAUAUCAUUAGUGAUGCAGAUAUAGUUACGGAUCAUGAACUCAACAUUUUCACAAGGACGAAGAUCUUAAUGAACAUGAAUUCAAUAGCCAUAACUCAAGUUCCAAUCUUUUGCAUAGAUGCAAUAACUGCGGCACACGUUCCUCUACUUUAGACGAUCUGAUCGAUCAUAAAAAAGCCGAGAAUCCGGUUUGUAUAUGCACAAUAUGUGGCAACACCUUUAAAGGUCAUUCGCAACUUUCCGCUCAUAAGC